AUGCCCCAACAGAGUCGCCUCUCCCGGUUCACUGCUGCUUCUGGCCGGAUGAGCCGAAUGCACCCAGCGCAGUAUCCACCCCAUGGAAGCAGUAGACUACCGGGUGAAGCUGAGGUGUAUCUACACGGCGAGGUGGGUGAGUGCAGCGAAGCUUGGCAAGAGCCAUGCUCGCACUAUCAUUCCCUUCAGCUUCACCCUAGCCCUUUUGUAUCGCCAGAACCGGGAAGCGUGCAAGACAGAUCUGCAGUGCCUCAUCCAGGCACUCGCGACCCGUAUGACCAGCAGAGUUGUCCUUCAGCUGCAGAAUGCUCGAGCAGCCGAGACCCUUUGCUCGGACCAAGCCAGAAGAACUCGUUUUCUUCAGGUUUCAGCCCGUCUCCAAAGGUUCAACCGGUUCCGCCAGACUCUGCCCGCACCCGUUUUCUGUCGCCCACUGCCUGGGGUUCGCCCCAGCGUCCGCCUUCUGCUGCUCCGGCUUCGGCUCCCUGCCAAGACUCUGGACCUUCCCUGGGCGGGGCAUCUGCGUCCUCUCCGCUGCUUUCCCGUCUGCUUCUGUCUAUUCUGACGAGCCCCUCAGACACGACGCGAGUGGCCGCGCUGCUCCACCUCGAGGCGCACGCAGUCGAACUUCUCCCCGACACUCGCCGCCUCCAUAUGACCCUCACCGUUCUUGAUGUCGUUCUCUGCAAUGCAGUUCCCAUUGCGGUCGUCGCGCUGGGUCCACACAUUUCCGAACCAUCCAUGGCGCGCGUACCUCGCCAGCCUCGGGACUAUCCUGCGGGGCCUCCCUUCUCGACUUUUCCCGAUGUCCUUCAUGGCGGCAAAGCCCAUGCAGAAGUUUCUAAACAGGCCGGUGCAAGUGGCACUGCCGCGCCCACUUAUAACGGCCCUCACGGCCAGCCUCUGUCGAGCGGGAACACGGAGGGACAGCGACUGAGCCGGACUCCCGGAGACUCGGAGAAGUCUUUCGCGCCGCAAGUAAAGGAAAGGCGAGACCCCAGUGACACUGUUUUCGGAGCAGAUGCUGAUCACUCUCUCCAAAAGCUGCCUGGGGCUUCACAGGCAGCUGCGCCUUCCAGGGGUGGCCCCGCGGGCGGCCGGAGGUCCUCGCGGUCGUCGGGGAGAGGGUCUGUCAGUUUUCAGGACGCAUGCGAUGAUGUUGAGUUGCAAAACAAUGUACCUCCUGCCUUCUUCGCCUCUCCUACUGGCCCCGCCGCAGGCAGCCACACACAGGUUGGGGCUGCGGGCCUGAGCCUGGAAUCUGAUGCGAGGACGGCGUUUGCAUGCGCGCCGGGGGGUCGAGCAUCUGUGGAUGCCAGACACCUCGGCAAGCGCCUCGACGUCUCCCCCACAGACGAACUGUCCUCAGUUGUCCAAAUCGACCUGAUUACGGACUCGCACUUUUUUUCUGAGGGCGCGCCAGGCGACUCUCUGGUCGAGACUCAGGAGCCUGUCGGGGACGACGCGGAGCCUGUGAGGCAUGUGACUCUCGAGGCCGAGGCACGACUCGCAGCUCGGUCCAGAGCUGCGGUUUCGGCGCGCCGCACCGGAGCCGCUGACCUCAGUGCUGAGCGCGAAGCCUGGAGGCGGGGACUUUCGAGCGAAAGCGAAAACUGGGAUGCUGAAGAUGGUGAAGACAGUGAAGGCCGCGGCUGCGAGGCUCCGGCCAGUGCGCUUCGCGUCCGGGGACCAGUGGCAAAAACUGGCAGACCUGCAGCGACCCGCAUGACCUCUCCUGUACGGAGCUCUCAUGGGGACAACGGCCGUUUUUCUACAGAAGAAACGCGUCACCACCGGCACCUGUCGCCUUCUUGCUAUCCCCUUGGACCCGCUACAGGAGACUCUGCGACGCGCGGAGGCCAGCUGGAGACUCAGACGGACUCUCUGAGUCGUCAAAAGGAUACGCGGAGAAAUGGCGUUCACACGCCUCAGCCAGUGGCAGAACCGCAUGCGUCGACUUCGUCUGGAGCUCGCCAGAGAGAGCGACUGCUGCGGUCCUUUGAGAACGUGACCCCUCCUGUCUCUUCGCUCAGAGGCGCAGGCGACUCCAGAGCGAAGGGUCCUUCGCAGUGGCCGAGGAAGCAAACGAACGAGGGUGCAGAGCGCCAGCGCGAGAGCCUCCCCGCUUUCUGUCCCCGGCCUUCUGUGGUUGUCGGCCAGCCGUUCACCGCAGUCGCCCGCCUCGUCUGCAUGCAGGUCUACACUUCUGUCUGUGUCUGUUUGGACCUCGUUCUCAUUUGCCCAGAGUGGGUCGAGAGACUCGUCGGACUCCUCCACUCCAUUCUACGCCGCACCAGUGUCCACGAGGACGCUGUCUUCAGGAGCUACGCCUGCGACUGCCUCCAGGAGCUGGAACGAAAUUGCCCAGGUUUGCUCUCGACUUUCCUGGGACCAGACUGGUUUGCGGGUCCGGGGCUUGUUUCCACGUUGAGCACGGCGACGCUUGACCGCCUGGCUUGCCAGAAGAAGGCGAACGCGUCUCUGUUUUCGGCUUCUCAAGCUGCAGAGUCGCGGGCUCCUUUCUACCUUCUCGAUUUGCUCCAAACAGAACGGCAGCACGUGGCGGAAGCCUACGCGGGGCUUCUCGUCACAGCUGCAAGGCACACCACAGAGAUGCUCGUUCAGGAAACUAUCGAAGGCCUCCUCGAGACACGUCGAGACGCCGGCUGCAGCACCGCGGCCGAGGCUCCAAACGCACUCCAGGCACCGCAUGCAGCGAAUGUAGCGCAUGCAUCGCGUCCAACAGACAUGUGUACACGCGAGCGAAGUCCCGGUGGCCUGCGUAUGAGCGACAGGGAGACAGACAGCGAGUUCCCGUCGUCGGGGCGUGGGCGCGAAGGGAACCGGGAGGUUUCACAUGCAAAUCUCUCGCCUUCGCUGGCAGAGGCUCACCUUCGGAUGCAACAGCAUUCAAGUCGAUACUCGCCGACGUCUCUGCGUGACCAGCUGUGGGAGCCGCGGCCUGCCUUGGCGCGAUCGGAAAGACAAAGAGCCUCGAAUAGCCGAGAUCGGACGCGAAGGCGAGACGCCAGUUUUCGCGUCGACCACAGCGACCCCUGUUUUCGAAUUCCCCCCGUCGGUGUUUCGCUGGUGCCGCUGCUGCCUCUCGAGUUUCCGUCUUCCCUGGGGACUCGUCCCUCGACUUUCUCUGUCUCUGAGGAGUCUGAGGUUCUCUCCCUUUCUGCCGGCCCUCAGAGGGCCUUCUCUGCGACGAUACACAAUCCUCGUGAUGCCUGCCUGUCUGCGGCGUCUUCGAACGCUUUCGGCUCACCAGGACAUGCGUUUUCCUCGAGGCUCUCUGGACACGAUGCUGUGCUCUGUGGGCGGUCGUCUUCCUCACAUCACUGCAGCUUUGGAACUCCUUUCGACUUCCCGCCUCCUCGGCUGCCGCGGCGGUUCGUCACGAGUCUCCUCCGCGCUCUUGCCGUCGUUCUGGAUGGAUUCUGGUGGUUCGGCGAGUGGAUGCAACUCCACGUCGUGCGCAACCUCGUUUUUUUCUCCAGAUUGCUCGGCCUCCCCCCCGCCGUCACAGUCGACCCGCUUCUGCCGCUCCUCUACUCAGAUCGACCGCCUUUAGUGCAUGCGUUUCUUCGCUUGGUGGCAGAGUAUCCUCACACCGUGAACAACGUAGUAGUGCAGCUCGUCCAUCAGAAAGUCAAAGACCUCGCGACCAACUCCAGCCUCAAACUACACUUCCGCGUUCUCGCUCUCAGGUGGCUCAUGGCUCUGUUCGACCUCCCUCUCUUAGCGCCGCUUUUCUUUCGCUCUCCGCCUGCUUUUCUGUACCCGUCUGCGGGCGACAGCACCGAAGUCAAAGAGCAGCUCCUGCAGCUUCUUCUCAUCUACUACCACCGCCGUGGGCGCUAUCUGUCACGAGCGCUGCAGUCGGCUUCAGCUCCUCUCGUAUCUGCUGAGCAGUCUGAGAGGUUCUUGCCCUUGUCCACUCAGGCGCUUCUCCCCCCUUCUUCGCCUGCGUCUCUCCCACAAACCUCAUGCGCCUCUCGCCUCUCCUCCGGCCAACCUGACUCGAGGGUGGACGGGAGCGAAGCGGAUCGAUUUGAGGACGUUUUUCCGUCCUCGAAUCCUCUCUUCUGUCUCCCUAGUUCCCGCACUCGACUCGCUCUCUCUCGUCUGGACUCAAACUACAAACCAGACACUCCGCAUUCAUCCGCGGGGGGCUUCGAGUUCUGCGGCCCGCCGGUAACUGCACACUGGCCCCCGCAGGGCGCCUCGAGGUCCGGGUGUACGUACACCCCAGGGGUCGAGGCGGCUGUCUUUGUGGUGGGACUGCCAGAGAACCUUCUGGACGUCUGUGAAGUUCUCCAGGAGUUUCGGUACAGCACCGGUCCUGUCGGCGCGCAUGCAGUUGUUUACCGCUUUCUGCUUCGCCUUCUCCAAUUUCCAGGCCAGCCGCUCCGGGAGAAGGUCCACGCUUUCAUCUGCGAGCAACUCAGGUCGCAGCCUGCGAUGCUGAUGACGAGCACCCUGGCUCUUCUCCACCACUUGUCGAACUGUCGCUCUGCUCCCGUCUCACCUCCGCCGCAGGAGUUGCUGGACUUUUCGGGAAGCGAGUGCUGGUGGCGCCGCGCCGUCGAGUCCCAUGCGGCAGUCGCCUACUCGCUGCUUCUCUCGCUCGGGGACUUCGUCAAGCGCCUGGAGCCGCCCUCGCACAUUCCGCAGUUUUUUCCGCUGCUGCUGCGCCUGGCGAUCGAGCCGGUCGUCCAACCCCACAUCGUUCUGCGGGCUCUGCACCGACUCGUCGACGUCUCUGCCAAGGCGCCGAGAACCGCGCCAGCCGACGACCGACACCAGUGGGAAGUCGGCAUGAAAAUCCUCGCCAUUUGUAGGCAGGUUCUCAUCACACACAGCCAGGCGGCGCUGUACGAGGGUCUAAGCCGUCUGCUGCUGGAGCUCGCAGAAGCUACGCCGUGCAUCGAUUUACGAGACAAUGCCAUUCUUCUGCUCAAGGUUUUCGCGCAUGCAAGCCAGCGUCCUCUCAAGUCGCUUUUGACUCGCGGGGACCACCAGCUGCUGCCUUUGAUGCGGAGACACCUGACCUGUGUCUUCCCCUGCACGUAUCGAGUUGAGGGUCCGCUGCCCUUUUUAACUCUGGAGAAGUCGCGGAGAGAGAGAAGAGAAAUGUGUGGCUUGUCUGAUCACCAGGCGGCCUUCUUCCUGUCUACAGCCUUCUCCUCUGCAGGCGAAGAAGACCCGAUGGCAGACGUCUUUGCGUGUUUCGAUAAGACUCGAGGAACUCCUUCGUGGCAUGUUCUGGAGGGAUUCGCCUCUUCCUUUUCUUCUGAGGAAAGAAGGUCGAACCCCGGAGGGAGACGAGGCAGUUCGCUUUCCAGAGAAACAGCAGAAAUGCAGAGCACAGGCGGUGGGGCGGAGGUCGGGGGAGAAGACCAGCUGACCGCGUACGAGAGACUCUGUUUCUCGGCAUUCGAGAAAUUCUACGCCUCCUGCUACGAGUCAGACGACAAAACAAUCGCUCUUCUCAACACGAUGCAUGCGCACUCGGGACACCACACCCAAGGACGCAUGUGGCGCCGCGCGGCUUCUGCGGCCGCAGAUGCUUUUCCACAACUUGGGCGAAACGCGAUCUGCGCAUCCUCUCCGUUGAUUGUUCCUCCGGCGUCCACAUGCAAAGACGGCCUUUCCUCUUCUCCACACCCUCGCGCGGACAUGUCUCUUCUUUCCCCCUCAAAAGCCCCUCCCUCUGCUUGUCCCAGUUCGCACACUCACUUGUGUCCGUCGCCGUCGCUCUCUACAUUUCCAGGAGCCACCUUGAUGGCGGUGAAUCGCUACCGCGCAUUCGUCGCAGGGACUCCGUUCUUCAUUCGCAUUCCCUUUUGUCUGCGUUUUAAAGCCAAGAGGAACUUCAGUAGGGUCCCCCCCGUUCGGCCGUCGGACCUCAGUGCCUCCCCGGCUUCUCCAAAGGAAAGUUUGCGUUCGGCAAACGCGUCUGUCGGCACUUCUUCUAAGUAUGACGCGCCUCGCGGAGCCGCCGUGAGAGCCAGGAACGAUCAGCGGGCAAACAGGGGCGUCCGGGGCUCGAGGGGUGAGGUGUACCUACACCCGGAGGACGGCGGCUUGUUGGACGAACGAGCGGCCUCCAGCGCACACCGCAAUUGUGCGCGCGAUUCAAAGCGAGCGGCAGAAGGUUCGGAUAUUUCGAGCCGCCACGUACCUCCACCCGUGGAGGGAAGGCGGGCAGACCGAAAAGGUUUCCUGGAUGACGAAGAAGGGAAGUUGACACCAGGGGCUGGACCUUGUGUGCACGGAAAACAGACCAGGCACACGACUCUCGACAGUGUCGGCGACUUGCCUCUUUUGACAGAGCUCUAUGGAAUUGAGUUGAUUUUCAGCCACGCUGAGGACUACGCGCCCAUGCGAAGUGUCCGCUUACCUUUCCUGCAAGAUGGGUCUCUCCUCUCUCACGCGGGCGGCUCUGAAGGACCGUGGGGACUCGAAGAAGAGGACGAAUCCGAUGCCGACGAGGAGAACGGCCAUGUCUUCCCAUUCAUGUACAAACUCGUGCUCAAACUGCAGCCGCAACAGCCCGUACCCGCUAGCGUGGCCGUGGAUGUACGGUUCAACGAUGCCACAGGCUCACUUUUUUUCGGUCAGCUGGAGACGUUCUCUGUUUCGUUUCAAGACCUAUUCUUGCCCGUGUGUGCACCCUCCUCGUUUUGGGCUCCUCUCUUUCAGCACCUCUGGGCUGAUUCAAGUCUCCACAGAUCAGUAAAGAUACUCGAAUUCGACCGGAGCACUGUUCAAGAUAUGAUCGACAUGACACUGAGACCCUUUCUGGUGGAGGAACCUUUCUCCGAUGACUCCGAAGAUUUUGAUUUCGAACAGGAUGAGUACUUUAUCAAACCAGAUUUCCAGGCAGCAACGCGAGACUGUUCACAAACUCGGAACUUGUCACGACGCCACAAUGGGAGUCACCGGCGCUGCAUCUCGCGACAAAAGAAACUGCACAAGAUUGCGAAGUUGACAUCUCCGCGGCCUCACAGAGGAAUAGAGGGGAGAAGACAGAGAGUGCCGGCGGCCCACUCGAGCAGUGAAGCAUCACAGUCUAGUGAUGUUGAUUCUGACAGCAAUCCUCGGUGCGGGUCAAAUCGCAGCGACAUGCGCUAUUCAGCGACAUCGACUGAUAGUGAUGAGAACUGCAUGGUGGAAGAAAUCUAUCCACAAGAAGCGUCAGAUAUUUCGAGUGAUAGCUCAUUUUUCGUUGACGAAUAUUUUUCACAACCUGACUCUAGCGAAGGGAGCGACUGCCAGAGUGGGAAGUCUUCACAGAACGGUAGCCGGCUUCGGUCGAGCCUAGAUCCAAAUCACCUCGUCUUUCGUGUCAUAAUAUUCAUGCCGCCGCGAUACCAUCUGCUCCUCAAAUUUAGUGUGUCGCGAAUUACAACUGUAGUACGUGUCGCUACUGAUCGGUAUCAGCUUCUUGGGUACAUGGAUAACUUUUUCGAGGCCAGCUCACGAUUAGUGGAAGCAAAGUCGAGAAAAACUGGUGUAUCUAACUGUCGGCAAGUGAACGCGUAA